UUGAGCAGCACUAGGACCAAGAGAACACGGGCGCAUUUUACAACAGGGGGUGGCGAGGUUUCACUACGCUUGGAAUUUGUGCAAAGUUCUUGUUAACUCUGUUUUUAUCUGCAGCGGUAAACAUUGUGUUGAUCAAUUCGUCUGAGAUUUAAAAACUUUUUAAAAGGAAAAAAAAGUUGAACCGGCCCUGAAUUGCUGCGUCUAUGUCGUCUCCCUCUCUUCCCCUCUGAUCUUCCUGAAAACACCUGCGUGAGUCAGGUAGCUCACCGAUGAAGAGGGAAGUACUUGGCCACUGAACGGUGAAAAGGUUGUUUUGCAGGUAUGUGUUCCAGUCGGGGUAUAUGCGGUGACAACGGCCGUCCCAACAGAUCCCACAGCUCAAGGAGCUCUGGUUCAGGCGCCCACUAUGCCCUGUGUGCCCUUGGAGUGGGCGUCAUUGCCCUUGGCAUUGUCAUGAUUGUUUGGACUGUGAUACCUGGAGGGGAUUCGGGUGCCUCUCCAAAACCAUCAGGCAACUCCACAGGACCUAAUAACAACGGUGGUGGUAAUAAUUCAGGAGCCACAAAGACCCCAACAGUGGCCAUGGUGCUUGUUGGAGUUGGGGCACUGAUGCUGAUCUUGGCCAUUGGCCUUGGUUUAAAGAGCAAGAAGAGAGCUCAGGAUAGAAGGAGUGAGCCUGUGACCACAGGAGUCCCCUUUAUGACUCCGAUACCAGAGGAGCCUCAGCCCGACCCAACUACGUACAACGUGCCAACCUAUGAGGAAGUGGUCAGCAGCAGUGAGUACCCCGUGCGUCAGAGUAACCUUCGGCAAAGCACCUCUCACCUGCCGUCCUACGAGGACAUCAUAGCUGCGGUGGAAAACGAGGGAACAGAGCCCGCUAACAACACGACUGACGAAACCCCUGUUAAUGAUCAACCUGCAGCCGCUGAGCCUCCAUCUGAACCCGCUGGCCUUACAUCUAACCCCAGUAUGCCAACCCGCAGUGCUAGUCGGGCCAGCCGCUUGCUCCGGCCCCUCCGAGUGAGAAGAAUCAAAUCUGACAAACUGCACCUGAAGGACUUCCGCCUUCAAAUCCGCACCCCCACACAGAACCCAGUAACCAUUGAACCCAUCACUCCUCCUCCACAGUAUGAAGAUAAGAUGCCUGAAUUGAAGUAGGGCAAGCGUUCUACAUCUAUCUUAAUAUGCGUUUCUAAAAAAAGGAAAAAAUUAAUGUAACACUUAUGAAUUUAGUGGAUUUAUCGUAACAUUUCUGGAGAAAAUGAUGUGAAAGGUUUGUGUUAAGCAGGUAAAUGCAGUAAGAACAAAGGGGCCACACAAGCCCACUGCUGAAAUUAGAAUCUUGUUCUUUACCAAAAAGCUCUGAAUUUGCAUAUUUAUGCUAUUAUAAUUCAUUAUUAGGUAUGUGUGAAAGGAUCCGCUUUCAGAUUUAAGUCUGUUGUUUCUAACAAUCAUGUUAUAAUUUAUGUCAAACAGAGGAUAGUCUUUCAAUUUUAUUUAUUAGCCAGCUGUAACAUGUUUUUCACCUUUCCAAGACUUAAUGUUAUUGCUGUGUCUUGAUUCUGGUUUGCUUUGAAGUUUGGAGAAGUUGAAAUUACAUCCUACAAUUUAACGGGAGAAUCAUUAUUAUUUUUAAAUCAUGCUAUGUUUAAGUAUUCUAAACUUAGUAUUUGAAUAGAAAAUUAAUGUGUGUGUGUGUGUGUGUGUGUGUGUGUGUGUGUGUGUGUGUGUGUGUGUGUGUGUGUGUGUGUGUGUAUUUUUUUUAAACUCCAAGUCUUAAGGUAACUUUAUCCUUUAAGACAAAUGUUAAGAAAGGGGAAAAAAAUAUGUGUUGGCACAUAACCAGAAGAAAGGUUUUGGAUAUUCUGGUGAUGUAUCAUUUUAUUCAUUGUCUCUUAAAGUGUUGAAAUGUUUAGAUCUCUUUAACUCUGUUGUAUUAUUUGUAAAAAGUGAAGAAUAAAUUGUUGGUUUUUUUUCUAUUUUGUUUAAGUUUAACUUUAUAUUUUUGUUUCAAAAUGUCCGUAAAACAAGUUCAGCAUGUAUUUAAUACUCGUGUAAUGUCAACAUUUAGUAAAUGUAGUUGCUUUUCUUAAAGUAUGACGAUCCAAUGUUAGGAUGCAGUUUAAUUUUCCUACAUUUGCUUGGUAUACGUUUUGGGGGGGAAAAAUAACAUGCCCCUACUGUAAUUCGACUUUUGAUUAAUAAAAUCGAAUGGUGAA